UCCUUUUGAGCUUUGUCGAGUUUGUUCUUUCUUCGUCCUUCUGGUUUCUGCAACAAAUCCUGGUAUUUUAAUUCUCUUUUUGUGUGUAAUUCUACCAAAGAAUGGACAGUGAAAAAAGUAAUAGCAAUCUCCAUAACGUUUCUUUUUCUUCUUAUAAUAGUACUGCUGAGGAGAUCUCUGUACAUAAACCUGCAGAAUCAGUUCAGGCUCCUGGUCCUUCAUGCUUAGAAAGAACCAAGAUUGAAGAGGGUGAAAUAAGUGUCUUUGGUGCUGAAAGAUACUUCAGCAUGAAGCUGGAUGAUGAUAGUUCACGGCUUGAUGACAAUCAUGGAAGCAGGCAUGGCCUCAGAGGAGAAAACCAGGUCGAUCAACAACAGAUGAAACCGGGGUUCAGGCCUGGAACUCCAAGCAUUAGGUCCGAAUCAAGCUCUAACAGCCACACUGCUUUGUUGCAGAGUUUUGCCAGAAACCAGUCUGCAAGCAAAGUGAAGAGGAUUGAUUCAAGGGGUUUUUUCUCGGGUCUUGGAUGUACAGGUUCUUGUUCAGAUGGGAAAUCUGUUUCUAUCAAUCAGAACGUUGAGAACAGAAGGAUUCAUCAUGGAAAAGAGUAUGGAAAACAGCCUGUUAGGAGGAAUUACAAGACUUUAGUAUCAGAUAGGUGGAAGCAGCCUCAAUUUGACAGCAGAAGCAUUGAAAAGAUGAGUGUGGGAUCAAGCAGAGAAGAGUACUUUGCACCUGCAAUUCCGAAACCCGGGUCAGUUAAGAUACAACCAGGGAAGUCCCCUCGAGUUUUUGGAUCCAGUUCAUUGACAAAGGGAGACAUAGCCUUUAAUCUUGAGAGGAAACUUUCAAUGCUAACUUGGGAUGCAAUCCCGAAUUCCCCGAAUCUCCCAUCUGGUUUCUUCGGCAGCCAGGGAGACGACGAUAUAGAGAGUGAUGCUAGCUCAGACCUCUUUGAGAUAGAGAACGUAUCCAGCAAUAUUGGUCAAGGGCCUUUCACAAGGCAAGAAUCUGAUGGCAUGUCUAACUGCAUAACUCCUUAUGAACCAAGUGAGACCAGCAUUGAAUGGAGUGUUGUCACAGCCAGCGCAGCUGAUUUCUCGGUUGUUUCAGACUACGAUGAAAAGAAACUGAUCGGAAGUGGUACACUUCCAGGUUCAAAAACAGCUGGAACAGUUGCCAAUGCCAAAUCCAUCCUAGACAAAGAAGCACAACAAAGCAAGCCAAGUGGGAUACUGGGGUGCAAGAGUCACAAAGCUGUUAGAGUUGCUGAAACUGCAUACAGAUUUGAUCAGAAGACAAAGCCGCCUCACCUGCCCCAGCCUCCAAAAUCAGCCACCCUCACGCCCGUGAAAGUGUUACAAGCUGAACUGAGAUGAAACACGCCGAUUUUCCAUGAGCUCAGCAUGGUUUUGUCUUUAGAAAACUACAUAUCAAUCUUUUCCUCCACAUGCAUUAAUUCAUCAUCUCUGCAUGCGCAUCAUAGCUGAAAUUGUUCCCAUUAGACAUUAAUUUUCCAAUUGAUUAUGUAACUGUCUUAAAAAUGGAAUAAAUUUCAAGUUUUAGU